UCAAGCAUCAGGGCGCUAAAGAAAUUAAGAUGCGUGACUUCACUCGAAAAAUUUCAUCAAAUGGGGUCUUUAUUUUUCCUUCAUGAUCAAGGACAUACAGCAGAGAGCUCUAGAAGUCUUCUUACAAGCAUUUUGAACAAAGACUUUGAGUUUGACCAUAUUCGAGUAAUUUAUCCGCAAUAUUUAUCAGCAAUAUUACUUUCCAGGUCGCUCAUGGCGGACUUGAACAAGGGCUUUGGUACGAGCGGAACACGUUAAGCCCCACUGCUAUGGAGAGGAUGGACUCGAUUGAUCACUUCUGCAGUUUGAUUUGCCAUUUGAUUGAUCAGGAAAAAUCUCGCGGAAUUCCACUGGAUAGGAUCGUCAUUGGUGGAUUUGGUAUGGGAGGAAUCUCGCCAUGCAUGUAGGGUUCAGGUAUGCGUGUAAGAGGGUCAUGACUUACAGAUAUAAUAUUCGAACUCAAUUUUAGUGGCUUAAACUUUAAACGGUCGAUAAUAUUAAUCUAACACCCCAAAAAGACAUAAAGUGGACUGAUCAUGACAUUCUUAUGGCAUAAUUAACUUGCAAUCGUAGUUUAAGCGAAGAUAAAAUGAGCGUAACGUGGGUAACAUUUACAUGGCGUGUGUGUGUGUGUGUGCAAGUGGGACAUGUUGUGAAAUGACAGAACCAUCACUGAAGAAAGCUGGUUUUAUUUUUUCGUCAUGUCACGAGCAUUGAAAAAGAUAAAAAUUACGGGUUCCCAUAAAGGAAGUGAACCUCCGAUCUUCUGCUCCCGCUCUCCUAUGGUCUACCACUAGGCCACAGAGCCUCAUCUACGACAGAGUUCAUAUGUAACCACAGGCAGCUCAAGCUUCAGUUGUGAUAUGAUCAUUUUGCAGAAUAGCAUUCAUGGAAAAAUUAUGAGAGUCUGUAUGAGAAUAUUUGUGACCGCUCUAAGGAAUAAAAAAAUAAAUCAAAUUCUCAAUAAAAAUACCUCACCUUAUUUCCACAGUGCAUUGCUUAUUAUCUGACUGUUUACUACAUUGAAGGAAACCAAUUUUAGCAAGUUAUCCAUUUCUAGGUUUAUGGCUACAUAUGAGAAGCCAGAAGGGUUAUUCUUAUAUAUGUAAUAAACCUAGAAAUAGAUAACUCGCUAAAAUGGGCUCUUUUAAACAUAGUAGGUGGUCAGAUAACAAGCAAUGCACUGUGGAAGUAAGGUGAGGUAUUUUUAUUGAUAGUUUGACUUACCAGUUUAUUUUUUAAUCCUAAGAGUGAAUGUAAAUAUUCCUUUACAAACUCUUUUAAGGUGGUCUUCCACUCACAUUUUAAAAAUUUUCAAUAUUAGCUGGGUCCAAUUCAUUAUGGUACCACUGGAAAUAUCAUCCACAAUUGUUGUGAAUUGUGCUAGUGAUUGACAUUUUGUAACCAUGGCAACAAGUUUUAAGGCCCCCCGACGGUGUAAAAAGCUACCCAUCUGCUAAAAAGAAUGUCUAAAGAAUCAGAGGUCCCAUUGUCCUAUAAAUGGUAACAAAAUGAACUACAAUGAUUGCUCUAUACUGUAAACCUCAAAAAGUAAACUAUCAAAGUAUUUUUCAGAACAAUAACAAUUUAUUUCUGAGAAGAACAAUAUUUUAGCCCCAAUCAUUCCCAACAAAUUGAAAUGAGAUUCAUGCACUUUCAUAUAACUGUUUUUUUUUGUUCAUAACACGGCAUAAAUACAAGAGAGAAUUCACUGAAAAUUUCAGUUCAAUCGCACUAAAAGAAGCAAAGAUAUCCUUUUUGCUGUUUUGGCUAUUAAGGCAAAAUUACAGAAUUGAGAAAACUGAGAUUAAAGUUUUGAGUUGUAACAGAGAGUAGCCAUUGUCAUGGAAAACAAUGUUUUGUGCUAAUUUCCACUUGACACGUUAAAAUCCACCAGCUACAUAAAUAUCACCCUCCUUUUCUUGUUGUUUGUCAGUUUUUUUUCUUUCUUUUGUCACGGAGCAAUCUCCACUGAGACUUGUUGACUCCUUGCUCUUUGUAGUUGGCCUUUAGAACUUGGACUGAAUCAGCUUGCUGAGCCUCAUCUUUACAGUAGUGACCAGGAGAAAUUCCAAUUUCCUCAAGAAUCUUCACAGAAGCCUGACAUCCAAUAUUAAAGUGGACUACUGCAUCAUAAAUGCCCAACUGCAAGGUCUCAGGGCCAACAAAGACACUCUUCAGUACUCUCUCCCAGAACAUAGCAUCGAGGGCCUCAAUCUAAUUUUGUGUCUUUCCAUCAAGACAUCUGCUCAGAAGACUGACUUCACCCAGUCUAGCAAAAAUUGGUUUCAGUUCAGCAAUGACAUCUAAGGGUAAACCAGCCUCAUGCUUAUAGUAGUUUGUUUGAUUAGCUUGAUCCCUCAUGUACCUACACCAACUAGUAGCACCCUCUGGGAAAUGCUGCAAAUGCAACUUUCUGUCAGCUGAGGAUGCACAAUGAAAGAAACUUGCAUGAAUAGCUGAUUUCAUAGCUGGAAAAUUACCAGGACUCUUAUUUUGCAAGAUGAUCAUCUCACAGCUGGAGCUUGGGCCACCUGUGAUGUGACACAUGUUCUGCAUACCACUAGAACUAUUACUUAAGCUGAAUAUUGCCUGACAGAGAAAUUGCAUGGGACAAAGAAAUUGCACUUGACAUUGUAAGACUUGUCCUUUUUUCUUUUGUCCAUCAGGUAUCUCACAAACAUUGCUGGUGUUUUUGCUCAUUCUUCCAUCUUAUCAACACGAUCAACUGUGUUUGAGACAAUAAGAAAAGAGAGAGAACUUAAUGAGGACCAGAAGUUCCCUGCUUUGUUUAUGUGGAAUGGAAGAAAGGAUAAAAACUGGCUGAGAUGGGCUGCACACACUGCAGAGUGUUUCAUGGACUUGAAGAUACAAACUGAUUUCCAAGUGAAUUAUGCAAUGCAAGGACAUGAAAUUAUAUCAGAUGAAAUAUUUUACUUAAGGAGAUGGGUGGAACAAAUGAUUCCUAAUCUUGACAGAAAUGCCAAUUAUCACUAAAGUAGAUAAACAAGUGCAUUUCAAUUUUGUUUGGGUUACUGUUCAGUCUCUCAAGUUUAUCUGAUUUGAUUUGGUAGUCGUGAUAAACAGGGAAAAGAGACACAGUAUACAAGGGUGGAGUCCUGUCUUUUUUUUUGUUUUGUUUUGACAUCUGUCUGACAGAUUAGUGUCAAAAGCAGCU